AUGAAGCUGCUGCUGCUGUGUCUGGGGCUGACUCUGGUCUGUGCCCAUCAUGAAGGAAACCAUGAUGUUGUGACAAGCAACUUCGAUAUGUCAAAGAUUUCAGGGGAGUGGUAUUCCAUUCUCUUGGCCUCAGACAUGAAGGAAAUGAUAGAAGAAAAUGGUAGCAUGAGAGUUUUUGUGGAAUCCAUCCAAGUCUUGGACAACUCUUCCCUGUCAUUUAAAUUUCAUAUGAAGGUCAAUGGAGAGUGUACUGAAAUUUCUUUCAUUUGUGACAAAACAGAAGAAAAGGGUGUAUAUAGUGUUGAAUAUGAUGGAUACAAUACAUUUCACAUAAUUGAAGCUGUCUAUAGUGACUAUCUUAUUUUUUAUGUCAGUAAUGUUAAGGAUGAGGAAGAAGCCCAAGUGAUGGAGCUCUAUGCCCGAAAACCAGAUGUGAGCCCAAAACUCAAGGAAAGGUUUAGAAAACUUUGCAAAAAAAAUGGAAUUACUAAGGAAAACAUACUGGACUUGACCAAAGUCGAUCGCUGUCUCCAGGCCCGAGGGAGCCAUGAUGCCCAGGCCUCCAGGUUGGUGAUGUCUGAUGGAAAGGGGUUAGCCCAGGGACCAUUGUCUUCCAACACCAUUAGGGGUUUGUGA